AUGUCCUCCAGGAAUUUGGUGAUGGGAUUGGUCUUCCUAUCCCAGACUAUAAUUGGAAUCCUUGGAAAUUUCUCUCUUCUGUAUCAUUAUCUCUUUCUCUAUUUCUCUGGGUGCAGGCUAAGAAGGACCACGGAUUUGAUUCUCCAGCACCUGAUUGUAGCCAAUUCCUUAGUUUUAUUCUCCAAAGGAGUCCCACAAACAGUGGCAGCUUUGGGGUGGAAACAAUUCCCCAGUGAUUAUGGAUGCAAAAUUCUUUACUACAUUUACAGAGUGGGCAGGGGUGUGUCCAUUAGCAGCACCUGCCUCUUGAGUAUCUUCCAGGCCAUCAUCAUCAGUCCCAGGAACUCCAGGUGGGCAGACAUUAAAAUGAAAGCUCCCAGGUACAUCAGCCUCUCCACGUCCCUGUGCUGGCUCCUCUACAUGCUGGUAAAUAUCAUUAUUCCUAUAUAUGUGACUGGCAAUUGGAGAAAUGACACCUUCAAGAAGAAAAAAGAUUUGGGGUACUGUUCUUCUCAAGUUGGUGAAAAAAGCAAAGUGCCACUGUAUGCUGCACUGUUUUCAUUCUCUGAUGCUCUAUGUUUGGGGCUCAUGCUCUGGGCCAGCGGCUCCAUGGUUUCCAUCCUGUACAGGCACAAGCAGAGGGUCCAACACAUCCACAGGACCAACCUCUCCCCCAGGUCCUCCCCUGAGUCCAGAGCUACCCACACCAUCCUUUUACUGGUGAGCACCUUUGUAUCCUUUUACACUGUCUCCUGCAUCUUUCAGAUUUGUCUUGCUGUUUUUGAUCAUCCCAGUUGGCUGCUGGUGAACAUGGCUGCACUAUUCUCUGUGUGUUUCCCAACUGUCAGCCCCUUUGUUCUCAUGGGCCGAGACUCCAUUGUCUCCAUACUCUGCUUUGCCUGGGUAAGGAAAACAAACUCCCCUAAUCUUAUUAGUAAUACAUAA